UCCUUUAACCCGGAAUAAGAAGUCGCGGCUCUUUAACAAGCAGGAAGUGUGUGUGAAGUGACAGUUCAGCAUGGCGGUGGAUGUGAAGUCCAGAGCCAAACGCUAUGAGAAGCUGGAUUUCCUUGGAGAGGGUCAGUUUGCCACAGUGUACAAAGCCAGAGACAAGACUACUGACACUAUAGUUGCCAUAAAAAAGAUCAAGGUUGGUCACAGGACUGAGGCUAAAGAUGGUAUCAACAGGACUGCCCUUCGAGAGAUCAAACUGCUGCAGGAGUUGCAUCAUCCUAAUAUCAUUGGGCUGUUGGAUGCUUUUGGACACAAAUCCAACAUUAGCCUCGUGUUUGAUUUUAUGGAGACAGAUCUGGAGGUGAUCAUCAAAGACACCAGCCUGGUACUGACCCCAGCCAACAUCAAAGCCUACAUCCUCAUGACUCUACAGGGACUGGAAUACAUGCACCAACACUGGGUCCUGCACAGGGAUCUGAAGCCCAAUAACUUGCUAUUAGACGGCAAUGGAGUGUUGAAGUUGGCCGAUUUUGGUUUGGCUAAAGCAUUCGGCAGCCCCAACAGAGUCUACACACAUCAAGUUGUUACCAGGUGGUACCGCUCCCCUGAGCUCCUGUUUGGUGCCAGGAUGUACGGCGUAGGUGUAGACAUGUGGGCAGUGGGAUGCAUCCUGGCAGAGCUGCUCCUUCGGUUACCAUUCCUUGCUGGAGAUUCAGAUUUGGACCAGCUGACAAAGAUCUUUGAGGCUCUGGGGACGCCGACGGAGGAGACCUGGCCCGGAGUGAGUAGUCUACCAGACUAUGUAUCCUUCAAAGUGUUUCCCGGCACACCUCUGGAGCACAUCUUUAGUGCAGCUGGAGACGACUUGUUAGAGCUGCUGCAGGGCCUCUUCACCUUCAACCCCUGCACAAGAACCACAGCUACACAGGCUCUGAAGAUGAGGUACUUCAGUAAUCGGCCCGGUCCCACUCCUGGCCCCCAGCUGCCCAGACCCAACUGUUCAGCUGAAGCCCUGAAGGAGAAGGAGACCAUCGGGUUCAAGAGGAAAAUAGAAGGCCCAGAGACUAGUGUGAUGAAGAAGAAGCUGAUUUUCUGACCCAGUGGGACAUUCCAUGAGAAAACCAUGAACAUAAAACACUCUGCGUGGCUCAUCUUCCUGCAUGGCUCAGGGUUUUCCACUGGAGUGGAAAAGAAUUUCCCAAACCAGUGAAGAGGGCUCACAUAUGAUUAACUUUUGGACAUUUUAGAGGUUAUAGCUGUUUAAAAAAAUGGAUUUGUGGCUAAGGUCAGCUUUAAGCCCCAGUCUGUCCAGUGUCCAGUGUGCUGCUGUGUCCAACAAGUGAAGCUUUGCAAAGACUCUCUGUUGUCAGCAGUGGUGGCUCCGCUCUUUCCUCAUUGUAGGAAUGAUGCCUGAACUCUUGAAUUGUAGAAUAGAUCUAUUUAUGUGACUGAAAAAGAGAACAGCUAAACUAGGAAACUUGAUUAAUUUCAUGUUCAUAUAUUUUUUAUUUUUAUUUUUUGUAUGUACUGCAGACCAAUAAAUGGUGAAAUUGCAUA